GGGAAGGGAACCUCUCACAUCACGUUGUUACAAUGUGUUCCCUCGGUAGCAGUAUGGCUGCCUCCAGCAAGAGAAAACUUGCCCAGCUCAGCGUUGAUGAGUUUUUAACCUCCACGUUUGACACGGAUAGUAACAGCAGUUCAGACGAGGAGGAGACUGGAGUCACAGACGUGAAGAAAGGUGGCAAACGAGAGAUCCAGGGCGGACACAGAAAGGAAGAGUCACCGUUGGAAGUGCAGGGACAAAAGAAGGUGAAACAAAAAAGUUCUAUCCAAGAACACAAAGAGCAGCUCUCGCGUUUGAAAGAGAAGCACCCGGAGUUUUUCGAGUUCCUGGAGAAAAACGACCAGAAGUUGCUGAAUUUCGAAGACACCGACAGCUCCGAGGAUGAUGAGAAUGAGCUGCACACGCUGCCAGAGAAACUCGAGCUGGCCAGUGAUGAAGAGGAAGAUAAUGAACAGCCGACCAAGAGGACUAAAGCAGGGGAUUUAAUAACAGUGACUACCCAAAUGGUAGAGAAUUGGAAAGCGGCAGCAGAGGACAAGUUGACCUUCAAGCUGUUCCAUGACAUUGUGAUGGCAUUUAAAGCUGCUGUUUCUACCACAAAAGGAGGGGAUGCAAGUGGGGAACCCGGAAAAUACAAAGUUGAAGACAGUUUGGUCUUCAAUAGCCUGGUGUCAUUCUGUAUCCGCGAUCUCCUCUUAGCCGUACAGAAGCUCCUUCAAUUAAAACCAGCCGGGGACCAGAAAAAGUUGUUACUGCCCUCCAGCAGUCCACGGUGGCCCAAGAUCCGACAGGAUGUCUGUACUUACUUGACUGGUCUUAUUCAGCUCCUAUCGAGUUUGACGGAGGCCACUGUUGUUCAUGCUGUUCUGCAGCACGUGCUUUGUUUAGUAUCCUACUACAUGUGCUUCCCGAAGCAGUGCCGACUCCUUCUGAAGCAAACCAUUAAGCAGUGGAGCACGGGGGAGGAGAUGGUGCGAGUUCUGGCGUUCCUAAUUCUUAACAAAAUAUGCAGAUACAAGCAAGAUGUGUAUCUGGAACCAGUGCUGAAGCAAACGUAUGUCGCCUAUGUGAAGAAUUGCAAAUUCACGUCACCAAACGUGCUGCCCCUCAUAAACUUCAUGCAGCGCACUUUGACUGAGAUGUACGCGUUAGACACCCAGGUGACAUACCAACAUGCCUUCAUUUACAUCAGGCAGCUGGCUAUCCAUCUCCGAAAUGCGAUGGUGAUGAAGAAAAAGGAGACCUAUCAGUCCGUCUACAACUGGCAGUUCGUCCAUUGCCUGUACCUUUGGUGUCGUGUGUUGAGUUCCAUUUAUCCCAAUGAAGUUCUGGAGCCACUCAUUUAUCCACUGACUCAAGUUACUAUUGGCUGUAUCAAGUUGGUGCCCACAGCCCGUUACUUCCCUCUGCGACUCCACUGUGUCCGUGCACUGACUCUGCUCUCCGACUGUACCCACACCUUCAUUCCAGUCAUGCCUUUCAUUCUGGAAGUUUUCCAACAGGUUGAUUUUAACAAGAAACCUGGCAGGAUGAGCUUUCGCCCAAUCAACUUCACUGUGAUUCUGAAGUUAUCUUCUGCAAAUUUACAUGAGAAAGCUUUCAGAGAUGGUUUAAUAGAACAGCUGUAUGACCUGAUUCUGGAGUAUUAUCAUACUCAGGCACAUACCAUCGGUUUUCCAGAACUGGUAUUGCCUGCUGUCAUUCAGCUGAAAACUUUCCUCAAGGAAUGUAAAGUGGCCAAUUACUGUAAGCAGAUCAAACAACUGCUGGAGAAACUACAGGAAAACUCCAGCUACAUCAGUGGCAGGCGGCAGAAGGCUGCAUUUGGCGUGGUGGAUAAAGAGGCCGUGGCUCUGUGGGAGAAAACACUGAAAGCUGAGGGCACACCGUUGCACAAGUACUACAACAUCUGGAAAAAACUGAGAGAGAAGGAGAUUAUAAUGGAGAUCACUGGCAAGGAGAGGCUGGAAGACCUGGAUUUCCCCGAGAUCAAACGCAGGAAGUUGCAGGAGAGAAAAGAGAAAGACAAGAAAGAGUUCAAGGAUCUCUUUGAGUCUGACAGUGACUCUGAUGAUGAAAGCAGUGUGCUUAAAUCUAAAGGAGUAUCGAAGGAGGGUGAUGAAGACUCCCUGGAGGAUCUGUCUGACAUGAGUGAAGAGGAUGAUGAGGAUGAUGAUGUAUUAUCUUCUGAAAGUGAAUUAGAAGAUGAUUCUCCACAAACCAGCAGCAAAGCUCCAAAUAAGUUGUCACAAGCUGACCUGAAGGUCCUCACAGAAGGAGAGGAAGAUGUUGUUGAAGAUUUGGAGUUCUCUGAUGAAGACUGAAGAGAGAGAUGCGUGUGAAUCCUGGCUGUGGUGGAAGUUCUACACUUGGUGUUAUUCUCCCACUGUCUUGUUGGUAGCUAUUGUUCAGACAAGCUGCCCUGGAGCAUAGGACCCAAUGUGCAAGGAAUUCAUUUAUGUCAAACUUGAACAGUCAUCGACAGACGGAGUGGUGAAAAUGAUCAUCUGCCCAAACUAUCUUCAACCACUGGUAUUCCUUAACCUUUUAUUUGCAAGUUUACAAGAGUUACAUCAAUAACAACCCAGUACAGAAAUUGACCAAGUCUGUAGCCGCUGGAAUUGUAAUCCAGAUGGUUACCACUGGAUUAGGAACAUGGACCCAUAGGAAGUUUGAUGACGAGACAGUGGCAAGUUGGGUAAAAUCUGGACAUAUGGCCCUGAUCCACAAUUUCCAAUCUUCUAUCUGUGUAGUUUUAUUUCAGCAUUGUCAGACUGCAUCUUGUGCUUUCUUACACUUGUCGUUUCCCAGCAGUUAUUUUAUUUUGAAAUAAAAGCAUUGAU